AAAAGGAGCAACCAAAAAGCCUGCCAGAUACAGCAAAAGGGAUAUUAAACUAGGGCUUAUAUCGGCCAUUAUUUUUUAUUACUGGGAGGUUUCAAUGCGCAAAAUGUCCGUGAAGAUUGGAAUCACUUUCAGAGUUUCUUGGUUUUGUUGCCUGGUAAUUGGUGGGAUAACCUCUCCUACAUCAAGCUCACUUAGGUCUAAAGGAUAUGGAAAAUACAUCUCUCCAACAGCUCAAUUGCAAGCGCAGCUGACCGAAGAGCAACAGAAACAUCUGGCCUCCAUCCUGCAAAAGCAACUGGCCCCCAUGCCCCAGGCACCUCAGAAAAUGUGGUAUCCAGCUCAAAUGCCCCAGCAGGAAAAGCAACUGGCCCCCAUGCCCCAGCUACCUCAGCAAGUGUGGUAUCCAGUUCAAAUUCCCCAGCAGCAAAAGCAACCAGCUACUGGGCCUCAGCAGCAGAGGGAACUGACCACCAUGCCCCAGAAGCAACCGGCUCCAAUGGAUAUACCGCAGAAACAACCAACAGCUAUGCCCCAGCAAACAUGGUAUCCGGCUCAAAUGCAGCAGAAGCAACCGGCCACCAUUCACCAGCAAGUGUGGCAUUCAGCUCAAAAGCCGCAAAAGCAACCAGCUACUGAACCUCAGCAACAGAAGGAACCGGCCGCCAUAAGCCAGCAACCUCAGCAAGUGUUGCAUCCAGCUCAAAAGCAACUGACUGCCAUGCCCCAGCAAGUGUGGUAUCCAGCUCAAAAGCCCCAGCAGCAGAAGCAACCCGCCGCUGAACCUCGGCAGCAGAUUGACCUGACCGCCAUGCCCCAGCCUCAGCAAAUGUGGCAUCCAGCUCAAUUUCCCCAGGAGCAAUCCGUCCCUAUGCGUCAACUGCAGAAGGAUCUGACCGCCAUUCCACCACAACUGUGGCAUUCCGCUCAAAUUCCCCAGCUGCAUAAGCAACCGGCUGGAAUGUUUCAGCAAGUGUGGCAACUGGCCCCCAUUCCCCAGCAGCCUCAUGACGUGUGGUAUCCAGCUAAAAUGGUCCAGAAGCAACGUGCCGCUGCAACUCUGCGGCAGAAGGAACUGAUCACCAUGCCUCAGCAAGUGUGGUAUCCAGCUCAAAUGCCCCAGGAGCAGAAGCAACCGGCCACCAUAACGCAGCAAGAGUUGCAUCCAGUGCACGUUUCCCAGCAGCAACAGGAACCGGCCACCAUACCCCAGCAAGUGAGAUAUCCAGGUCAAAUGCCACAGAAUCAUCUGGCCUCCAUGCCUCUGCCGCAGAAGCAACCGACCGCCAUGCCCCAGCAAGGGUGGCAUCCAGCUCCAAUGCUGCAGACGCAACUGGCCCCAAUGCCUAUCCUGCAGAAACUACCAACAGCUAUACUCCAGCAAACAUGGUAUCCAGCUCAAAUGUCCCAGCAGCAGAAACUGGCCACCAUGCUGCAGAAGCAACCAGCCCCAAUGCCUCAACCGCAGAAGGAACAGGCCACCCUGCCCCCGCAAGUGUGGCAUCCAGCUCAAAUGCCACAGCAGCAAAAGCAACCAGCUACUGAAACUCGGCAGCAAAUUGAACCGACCGCCAUGCCCCAGCCACCUCAGCAAGUGUGGCAUCCAAAUCAAUUUCCUCAGGAGCAGAAGCAACCAGCCCCUAUGCAUCUACCGCAGAAGGAACUGACUGCCAUACCCCAACUGCUGCAAACGGCUCAAAUGCCCCAGCAGCAUACGCAACCGGCUGCCAUGCUUCAGCAAGUGUUGCAUCUGGCACAGAAGCAACCGGCCCCUAUGUCCCAGCAGCCUCACGACGUGUGGUAUCCAGCGAAAAUGGUCCAGAAGCAAAAAGUCGCUGCACUGACCGCCAUGCCAAAGACUCAUCAGCAAGUGUGGCAUCCAGCUCAAUCUCCCCAGCAACAGAAGCAACCGGCCUCCACCCCUCUACCGCAGGAGCAGCCGACCACCGUAUCCCAGCAAGUGUGGUAUCCAGCUCAAAUGUCCCUGCAGCGGAAGCUACACACUGCCAUGCCACAGCAGCAACUGACCGCCAUGCCUCAGCAGAAGCACUACCAAAGCACUGAAGAUGGUGCCUUUGGUAGCGCUCAGGCCAGCAUCGUUGAACAGUCUGGUGUCAUCCCAAUCUAUUCUUACAGUUCCAAAUCGCACUACGAGAAUGGCAGAACUGUCUUUUCCCAAAUCAGCUACACUCCUAGGGAGGCAAUGCCUGUUGACAGUGGAAAUGCUCCCAAGGACGGUUAUGUUAGCUUUGGUGCACCAAGCAUAUAUCCACCACUAGUGAAGGAUUCUGCAAGGAAAAUGUAAUGGAUUCAUCCUCUAGAAGCUCUAAUGGACGUUGCUGGUGCUCUUGCUACUCCAGAGUUAUGGAAUCAAUAAACAACUUUACUUUCAAAAAUG